CUGUCCCAGUGAGAGCAGAACCAUCAGGCACUGGUGGAACUGGGCCCUGCCUGCUGUCCAGGUGCAUGACUAACUGGAUUUCACUGGUUUUCUCCUAGCUGAUGAUGGAAGAGGUGCACAAGGGUGGCAGCAGCAGCUCUGUUCCGUCCCAGCCCUCAGCUGUACAAGGUACAACCCUGCAGGCAGCUCAGCUCUCUCAUAUUGCUCAACAGAUGUCUCUCAGAGGUUCUGCUCCCCUCACAGUGGUUCAGCUUCCUGGAGAGCAGGUGCAGGUGCAGGGGGUGAUUCAGACAGCUCAGUCCUCCUCUGUGAUCCACUCCCCGCAGGUGCAAACCGUGCAGGUAUCUUCCCUGUCUGAGAGUGAGGAUUCUCAGGACUCCUCAGACAGCAUUGGCUCCUCACAGAAGGCUCGAGGCAUCUUGGCUCGUCGUCCAUCCUACAGAAAAAUUUUGAAAGAUCUUUCUUCAGAAGACACACGGGAUAGAAAAGGAGAUGAGGAAAGUCCUGGGGUCUCCACUGUCACCUCCAUGUCUGUCCCCACACCCAUCUACCAGACAAGCACUGGACAGUACAUUGCCAUCGCUGCCAACGGGCUGCAGCUGCCGGGGGCAGACGGGGUGCAGGGGCUGCAGACCCUGAGCGUGGCCGGCGCCUCCCAGCCCGGCACCAUCCUGCAGUACGCCCAGACCUCGGACGGGCAGCAGAUCCUGGUGCCCAGCAACCAGGUGGUGGUGCAGACUGCCUCUGGGGACAUGCAGACCUACCAGAUCCGCAGCACGGCCAGCAGCUCCUCCCUGCCCCAGACCGUGGUGAUGACCUCCCCUGUCACCCUGACCUCCCAGAGCAGCAAGACAGACGAUCCCCAGCUGAAAAGGGAGAUCAGGCUGAUGAAGAACAGAGAAGCUGCCAGGGAGUGCCGUAGGAAGAAGAAGGAAUAUGUGAAAUGUUUGGAAAAUCGAGUGGCAGUCCUGGAAAAUCAGAACAAAACUCUAAUUGAAGAGCUAAAAACUUUGAAAGAUCUGUACUGUCAUAAAAGUGUGUAAGAAGAGAAGGUAAAAACCUUUGGGGACUGGUGAAAUAUCAAGAGGAGAAUUUUUUUUUUAUACUGAAUUUUUUAAACUAGAUGAAAGGUCAAAAAAAUGAAACUUUUCUACCUAGAUUUCACAGCUCAAAGACUCUAUAGAUUUUCUUUACAACAUGUUGGUGACAAAGUACAAACAGGAAACAAGAAAACCUCACCAAAAUUCCUGCUGGCACAACUGGAAACUGAGAAAUUCAAGAUUGCAGCUACAGUGGAAGGACAGUCACACGUGGCAGGGCAGGUGAUGAGAGUUUCUUUGAAAAUUCCUCUGAAUAUUUCUGAUAAGAGAGGUAAAAUUUGGUUACAAAGAAAACAUGGAUGAAACAGAAUCCUUGCCGUAGCUGCCAUUAUUAGUAACCUUUAUAACCAGUGUAUGUUUUGAUUUCUUACUCUUUUUCAAGCCUUUUUCCUUCAGUUAUUUGUCUGUAAAUAUUUUUAUUUUAACCUGUAAGUUGGUAUUUACAGGUGCAGAUGAUAAAAAAGCUGAUACUUUGCUCGAGGUAUAAAUUAUGUUUUUACUCUUUCUCAGAUGACAAUUGAAAAAGUUGCGAUUUUUUUUUUUUCCCAUGUUUGCUGUGUUUAUCAGAUUGGGGAAGGAUCUGCAGAAGGCAGCAAGAGGUUUGGUCCUGGAAAUGUCUGAGGCAGGGAAAAUUGUGUUGAUUUUCUUAGAGAAUUCAACACAUCAGUGAUUUUAAAGCACAGUGGGAAGGACAAGGACUGGUGACAAAAUUGAGAAGAAAUUCUAAGAUUAAAAUUCCGACAUUUUUUAAUUUUGCAAGAGUUUGUUCUUAGUUCUGGGCAUGAGAAACAUCAAUUAUUGAAAAUUAAAGUGUGUGCUGAUCAUAUCUACAAUUAACCACUCAGUGCUUGUCCUGGCCAGGGAUUCUCCUGGGCUUUGGAACAUGAAACCAAAUAGAAGAAAAAUGAUGUAGUAAAAAAUGGAAGAUCUAUACCAAAGGGUUUUGAGGUUCUAAUCUCUGGUUUAUUGCUGGGAGUAGAAAAUUACAAUUUCCAGCCUAAUUUUGUAAGGUAGGAGCUAUUUUGCAAAGUAAGGGUGUCUUUGUAAGCAAAUUCUAUAUUGCAAACAGGGAGAUGGUUGGUAUAUUUUGUAGCUAAAUUGUGAUCUUUACAAAACCUGAAAUUGAGUUUCUAUACGUAUUUUGACAGUUUAUAUCUUUCAUUUUAGUAACCAAAUGAAAUAUUUUGUGAACCAGAUUUUCAAGGAUAUAUUUUUAUGGAUAGUACAAAGUCAAAUGAGAUCCUCUUUGGUGUAGGAGAUACUUGAAUUAAUUUUGUAUGUCUGUAGGCAACUUGCAGAAAAAAAUGGAUCCUGAAGAGUAUUGGGGGGGAGAAAAAAGAGGAAAAAAAAAAAGAAAUGAGGGCUUUUUACUCCCCAGAGUUGACAAUUUCUGCACAUUAGAUCUCAUUGUGUCAGAGAGUCCAGUUUGUAAGAUUUUAAUUUGUUUCAGGUGAAAAUCAAAAGUUUGAAAUGACCAGGACUCCUUUACCUGGGGAAUCUCCAUUCUUGGAGACCCCCAGAGCUGUCUGGCUGUGGGGCUGGUGGCCAGGGCACGGUCCUGGUGGCCAGGGCAUGGUCCUGGUGGACAGGGCAUGGUCCUGGCCAGGCUGUGAUCCUGGUGGUCAGGCUGUGUCCCUGGUGGCCAGGCCAUGUCCCUGGUAGCCAGGCUGUGUCCCUGGUGGCCAGGCCAUGGUCUGGGCAGAUGCUGGAGGUGACUGCAGUGCUUCUUGCAUGAGCCAUGAACCAUUUCCAAGGCUGGGAUUGAAUCCUGCUCCCAGUCCUGCAGUGGGAGUCUCACCGUGGGCUGGGAGCUCCCUGUGUGCUCAGCUCUGCUGGAAUUCCCAGCUCUGCUCCCUCCCUGGGUGUGUGACACUUACCCCAUGGUCAGUCAGUGCUUUUGAUUCCUUUGCAAAUUACUGGACUUGUAGCAGGCAGAGCUCUUUGCCAUGAGCAAUCUGCAUUCCACAAUCUCCUGGUUAGUGGGCUAGGAAAGGAUUUUUUUUUCCCCUGAAGUUUCCAAGUCUCUGAUUGUUGUGGGCACGAGUCCCAGUGUGUUUCCUUUAGGCCAGGCUGCAGUGAGACUCCUGGUCAUCACCACAUCAGAAAAACAAGUUUUGUGGCACAUCAGAAAUAAGGUUGGGGAAGUCCAAACCUGAGGGAGCUGCUCCUGGAGAGGUGUGGGUGUUUCCUGUUCCUCUGGUGGAAUUUCAGGCAGAUGGAGCAGCCUGGAACCUCAGAGAGCUGGACCUUCCCUCAGCUCUGUGACCUGGCACGUGGGAGAGGUUUGACCUGCAGCUCUGAACUGCUCUGGGAA